UCAUCUCGCUCGUUUCUUCAAAUCCAACUCCAACUUUGUAUUCAGAAAUAAUAGAAUGGGAAAACGACAAGAUUGGUCCCUGACCGCUUGUAUUUUCCUAUUAUUGUCUCUAGCAUUACAAAUCCAUUGUAGUAGCCAAACACGUUUUCCAAGUCAUAAGCGAGGAGUUGGAUUGUCAGGUGACACAAGCCACUUCAAUUCUAUUCGUCGCGAAAAUGUGCUUUCGCUUAAGGAGAAAGAUCUAAUCAAGCAGCUCCCCGGACAACCUUCCGUUAGUUUCAGACAAUAUGGCGGUUAUGUGGCCGUAAACGAACCCGCCAGUCGGUUUUUGUACUAUUAUUUCGUGGAAGCCAUCAAACCCAAUAAAUCUACUCCUCUUGUGCUUUGGUUCAACGGAGGACCUGCCUGCUCAUCUGUAGGACUUGGGGCAUUUGAAGAGCUUGGUCCAUUCCGCGUACAUAGCGACGGCAAAACGCUUUUCCGCAAUCCGUAUUCAUGGAACAACGAGGCGAACAUGUUGUUCUUCGAAGGGCCGGUAACUGUAGGAUUCUCGUACUCGAGUACUCCAUUUGAUGCGGAGAAAUUUGGGGAACAAGGGGACAAGCUGACUGCAGAGGAUAACUACAUGUUCUUUGUGAAUUGGCUUGAAAGGUUUCCGGAAUAUAAAGGAAGAGAAAUUUACAUCGCCGGUGAGAGUUACGCCGGUCACUAUAUUCCCGAACUUGCCCAGAUCAUCCUUCACCGUAACAAGCAAACCUUCAUCAAUCUACAAGGCAUUUUGAUUGGUAAUCCAGGUCUGGACGCACUUACCGAGCAUGAAAAUGAAAACGAAUUUAUGUUAAGCCAUGGUUUGGUUACCCAAAAAGAUAUUGAAGAGUACAAUAAAGUCUGCCAUGGCGACUCAUUCAAUAUGGAAGAAUGCACAAAGAUAAUGGUGGCUAAAUUUGAUUAUACAGACAGCAAAGUCUUGAACAUUUACAACAUAUACGCUCUUGUGUGCCAAAACUCCACGUUGAGCAGCAAACCCAAGAAACGCACCACAAUAAUGGAGGUUGAUCCGUGCAGUGGCAACUACGUGAAGGCUUAUCUUAACAGAGAAAAUGUUCAAGAAGCGAUGCAUGCCAACACCACAAAAUUACCGUACGAGUGGAAUUCUUGCAAUGACGACUUGAAUUUGCUAUGGACCGAAACUGAUAAAGAUGUCUCAAUGACACCUAUCCUUCACGAGCUUAUGGGUAAGGGUGUCCGUGUCAUGAUCUACAGUGGAGACGUGGACCUGGCGGUUCCGUUUACAUCUACAGUGGCCGUGCUGAAGGAGAUGAAUCUAACGGUUGUAAAGGAAUGGCGUCCGUGGUUUACCGGAGGACAGCUGGGAGGGUUCACAGAGGAUUACAAAGGGAACUUGACGUAUGCAACUGUGAAAGGAGCAGGUCAUAUGGUUCCUACGGACAAACCUAUACAUGCUCUUAAUAUCUUUACCAGCUUUAUCCGUAACACUCCUCUUCCUCACACACCCUGAUUUCUAACUUGUACCACCUCUAUUGACUGAACAAAAUACUUUGGUCUAUACAUGAAUAUGAUGUUUAUUGUAAUUAAAGUCAAUAUUCUACU